GUAUGCUUGGUCUUGAAGGAGAAAGGAGAUAAACAUUUCUGGCUUUGUUUUCUAAGCAAAUGAAGGCAAUGGAAAACUGAAGAUGAGAAAAAGGGAGUAGAGCGACCUGAAGGAAGAAGGGGAAGUAUGGCCACCCCAAUCCGGCAUGAUGGGGAGCAUUGUAUUGAUGCUAAACAAAGUAUGUAUGUGCUCAUUAACAUAGCAUUUUUAAGUUCCUGUUUGGAAACAAGAAGAGUAAGCUUUGGCAAAAAUGAUACUGUCCAGCGUUCAUCACAUUAUUUGCCUGACUUGCUUCCUCACUGGCUGGCAAAUUGGUCUCUCUCUGAAUCAGCUCCACAUACUACUACCCUGCUCGCUGAAUUAUGAAAACGGCAGCAACGUGUACCAUAGCUAAUAGCUGCCUGUCACGGAAAAGCCUCCAGAAGUUUGCUGAAAAGCUAUUUGGACAAUAAAAGCAGGACUGAAAAGUACUAAUAACAGAGGAUCUGACAAACUGAAGUUCUCUGCCCGGGCAAGGAAACAGCCUCAUUUCAACGUUUAUAUGCGCUUAAUUUUAGUGCUCUUGAGGACUCGGAGAGGAACAGGACUUAGUACAAUCAAGUGUUACUGGAUAAGUAGCUUAAAUAUUUCCUGAGCGCCUUCUUCGGGGCCCCUUCGGGGUUCCAGAGAAGAAGCUUCUCCUGUGUCUGCACUACGACGUUGCGGCCCUGCCAGACGUUGCCCACCGACACAAGGCGGCGGGGCCACGGCUUCCCCGGCAGCAGGUGCAACAUUGUGCUGCAAGGCAAUCAAUACAGUACCUUAAGUCACUUCAACCAUAAUGGAAAAGUAUGAAAAAUUAGCUAAGAUUGGAGAGGGGUCCUAUGGGGUUGUAUUCAAAUGCAGAAACAAAACCUCCGGACAAGUGGUAGCUAUUAAAAAAUUUGUGGAAUCUGAAGAUGAUCCUGUUGUUAAGAAAAUAGCACUAAGAGAAAUACGUAUGUUGAAGCAAUUAAAGCACCCAAACCUUGUGAACCUCAUUGAGGUGUUCAGGAGAAAAAGGAAAAUGCAUUUAGUUUUUGAAUACUGUGAUCACACACUUUUAAAUGAGCUGGAAAGAAACCCCAAAGGAGUUGCUGAUGGAAUGAUCAAAAGUAUAUUAUGGCAAACACUUCAAGCUCUUAAUUUCUGUCACAAACAUAACUGUAUUCACAGAGAUGUAAAACCUGAAAAUAUUCUAAUAACUAAGCAAGGAAUAAUCAAGAUCUGUGACUUCGGGUUUGCACGAAUUCUCAUUCCAGGAGAUGCCUACACUGAUUACGUCGCUACAAGAUGGUACCGAGCUCCUGAACUUCUUGUGGGAGACACGCAGUAUGGCUCUUCAGUAGACAUAUGGGCUACCGGUUGCGUUUUUGCAGAGCUUCUGACAGGCCAGCCACUGUGGCCCGGAAGAUCAGAUGUGGACCAGCUGUAUCUGAUCAUCAGAACACUGGGAAAACUAAUCCCAAGACAUCAAUCUAUCUUCAAAAGUAACCAGUUUUUCCAUGGCAUCAGUAUUCCUGAACCGGGAGACAUGGAAACUCUUGAAGAAAAGUUUUCAGAAGCUCAUCCCAUGUCUUUGAAUUUCAUGAAGGAGUGUCUGAAGAUGAAUCCUGAUGACAGAUUAACCUGUGCCCAACUCCUGGAGAGCCCCUACUUUGAUUCUUUUCGAGAGGACCAAAUUAAAAGAAAAGUACGCAAUGAAGGAAGGAACAGAAGACGUCAGCAGAAUCAACUGUUGCCUCUCAUACCAGGAAGCCACAUCUCCCCCACACCUGAUGGAAGAAAACAAGUCCUCCAGUUAAAAUUUGAUCAUCUUCCAAACAUUUAGGAAAAUGUUCUUUCAAGUGGAAAGUAAUUUAAUAUGUACACAUUUCCGUACAAGAGAGAUAGGAAUUCUUAGUGUUUCAAAUGCAAAUGAGCCAUAUGAAAAUUAAGAUGCCUUCUAGAAUUGUUUUGCUCUGAUCAUUACUGAUUCCUCUGCCCGUGCUUUUUACAUGCCAACUUUAUCUUCUAGAACAUUUUCUUUAAAUGUUAUGGAGUCUGAAACUGCACAUAUGGAGGAGACAUUUUCAAUUUCAUCAGAGCAGCCCCUCCUGAGGCAAUUUAUGUUGAGAAUUUGUGGGCUUGUACUUUGAUUCUUGAAAGAGAUUUACAUAUAUCGUUUUGGUUUACCUGACCACAUAAUGUCUUAGAGCAUUAUCCAAAUAGCUUGCCUAGCUGUUGUUUGUGCAGGGAAUGAUAUCAUGUUUCUUUCUUUUUUUUUUUUUUCUUUCAAUUUCAAAAACUAACUUUAAUGAGGUAUGUUUUACAUAUAAUAAACGUACUUAUUUUAAGUGCAGAACUUUUCCCUGGAUUUCAGCAAAUGUAUACACAUGCACAGCCUGACCAAAGGAAGAUAUAAAACAUGGUCAUCAAGCUUAAAAUGUUCUCCACAGCCUUUUGUAGUAAAUCUUCCCAAGAUCACUGGCCCCAGACAGCCAUGGAUCUGCUUUUUCUGUCACUAGUGAUUAGUUUUUCCUAUUUGGGGAUUUGAAAUCAAGGGAAUCAUAGAACCUACAUUCUUUUGCACCUGACAACUUGUGCUCAGCAUGAUGCUUCUGAGAAAGGAAUGACAUUAUGUUUCUGCAUUUAAUCACUCUUGUUGUAACCAGGACUUUUGAGUAAUGCUGGAUUUUAUAUUGGUGCAGAAAGGGAGCCUGAAAUGUCAUGUAGUUUAUCCCUUGUUUCCAGGGCAGAUUCCAGAGCUACAAGGUAUUAUCAUGCUCAUCACAUAAUGCUGUCCUUUGGUACAUUAUGGUUUCUUACUCUUUUCUCCUGGCUCAGUCAUCUCAGUACCUAGACCUAUCCUGUGGGUGUGUUUCCUAAAUAGUUCACUGUCGAUACUUUUCCAAACAUUUGCAUCCAAAGCCUCUGUGAAUUUGUGCAGCCCUAAACUUGUGUAUCAUGCCAGAUCAGGUUUGUAAAUGCUUCCGACAGCAGAAAGAUUAUCUUUUCAGUUAACUUCAUUUUGUGUCUGCUACCAAAAAAGAGAAGCAAACAACAAGAUACCUCACUAGGCGAGCCCAAUUUACACUGAGAUAUUUUCCCAGGUGAACUUGACAGAUAUUCCUACAUACAUACAUAUAUAAAUGUAUACACACAUAUAUAUACUUAUAUAUAUAUAUAUAUGUACAUGUAUGUAUACACACAUAACACAUAUAUAUUUAUAAGUUUUGAAACAUCAUGGUAGAUGCCUUUUAUCCUAGACGUCUAAGAACAACGCCGUCUGUGUAACGGACUUUUAGUUUGCUAACAAGGAACUCAUGUAAAACAAUAGCAUGGGGUUGUCUAUCACUGUCUGGCAUAAAGGCACAAGAUAGUCAAUAAAUUAUUAAGGUUAUUAGCUCUUUUCUGCUCCUGGGUCUGGAAUGCUGGCCUGAACGUUGUCUAAUUGUGCAAAUACACAUGAUUCCAGAAAUGCCUUGUAUCAGGAACCAAAAUAUCAAGCAUAAAUUGUUUUUAGGAAAACACACUAACAUCUGAUGUUCAUCCUCUAAAAGUUUAUUGCAUUUAUAAACAUGGCUAUGUAAACUUCUAGAGAAGCCUGUUGAGUUACUUGGGAGCAUCUCUUUACUUGGGAAUUAUGGCAUCUCAACAAUGGUUUCUUGCUCACCGGAAGAACAUUUUAAGUGGACUUAUUUGGCCAUUUAACAUGCUUAGUGUGAAUAUAAGCUGCUACGGUCUUCUUAUUGUCAUCUUAUCAUUAAGAAGGCACCUCUUCUCAUUUGUAAGUUUCUUGCAUUUUUAAUCAGAUGAUGAUACCACAGGCACAAGGAAUUUGAGAAAUAAAAGAUACAAGGCA